CCCUCCUGAUGCUGCUCGUGGACGCCGACGGGCCGGAGCCUGUGCGCAGCGGGGCGCGCGAGCUCGCGGUCUUCCUGACCCCCGAGCCCCGGGCCGAGGCGAAGGAGGUGGAGGAGACCAUCGAGGGGAUGCUCCUGAGGCUGGAGGAAUUUUGCAGCCUGACGGACAUGAUCAGGAGCGACACUUCGCAGAUCCUGGAGGAAAACAUCCCACUCCUUAAGGCCAAAGUGACAGAAAUUCGUGGCGUCUACACCAAAGUGGACCAGCUAGAGGCCUUCGUCAGGAUGGUCGGGCGCCAGGUCGCCUUCCUGGAAGCCGACGUGCUUCGGGCCGAGCGGGACCACGGGGCCUUCCCGCGGGCCCUGCGGAGGUGGCUGGGCACUGCCGGGUGCCCCUCCUUCGGGAACAAACCGUCCGCGCCGGCGCCCCCGACGUACGAGCUGCCCACGUUGUAUAGGACCGAGGACCACUUUCCCGUGGACGACCGGGAGGCCGAGCGUCGAGCCCCGAGCUGCCGUCGGCGCCCGUGA